AUUCAUUUUGUUUAUUAACCUUCUAUCUUGCAACUUUGCUAAACUCACUGUUAGUUCUGAUAGCUUUUUUGUAGAUUUCAAGGGAUUUUCCACAUGUUCAAACAUGUCAUCUGUAAAUGUAAAACUGUAGAAAGGUAAUUUUAGUUCUUCCUUUUUUUUUAUUUGAGAAUUCUUCCUUUCUAAUCUGUAUUCCUUUUAUUUCUUUUUCCUGCCUUAUGGCAUCAAUUAGGAUUUCAAUUAGUGAUUAGAAUUGGUAAGAGUGGACGUUCUUGUCUUCUUCCUGAUCUAACAGAAGUCAUUCAGUCUUUCACCAUUAUUAUGAUGUUAGCUCUAAGUUUUUUGUAGUUGUCUUUUGUCAUCCAGCUUUGUGACUUUAAAUAUUCUUUUCAUUAAGACUCUAACAUGGGGCCAAGGAAGGGGGGAGAUUUUGGUGGAGGGAGGGUUAUGGGUGGGGCCACAUCUACAGUGCAUCUUAGAAUGGGUACAGGCGAAACUUACUAAAUGCAGAAUACAAAUGCCUACAUACAGUAACUAAGAAAAUGCCAUGAAGGCUACAUUAACAGUUUGAUGAGAGUAUUUCAGAUUGUAUAUGAAACCUGCACGUUGUACCCCUUGAUUGCACUAAUAUACACAGCUAUGAUUUAACAAUAAAAAUAAAUAAAUUUAAAAAAAUUAAAAAUGGGAAAAAAAAAAAGACUCUAACAUAUGUGCAGACCUCUCCACUGACAUCUGUGCUCAUAUUUAUAAGGCUGCUUGCUUGGUCCCUUCACUUGGGGUUUUGUAACCUCACACUUCCCAAACUCAAUUUCUGAUUUUCUCUUUAUUCUCUGCUUGCUUAUCUCACAGUGUUUCCCAUCUUAGUAAAUGUCAGCUCAAUCCUCCCAGUUCUUCUAAAACCUUGGGGUAACUCUCCUUUCCCACCCCCACAUUCCUCUAUGCAGUAUGUCGAUGAAUCCUCUUUCCUCUGUUUUCAUAAGAAUUAUGGCCCCUAAGAUCUAAGCCACCUUUACCUCCAACUUUGAUUAUUGCCUCUUGCCAUGUCAUUCUCUUUUCUUUAUUUCCUGUAAUCUGUUCUCUGCAUAGCAGUCAAAGCAAUCUCCCUGUUUUUUUUUUUUUUUGUAAUAUAGUUUUAAGCUAAGAAGCAGUGAAUUCUUUUAAUAAUACAAGAGAUGAUUGAGAGAAAUGUUUCUUAAAGUUUCUGAAGGAUAAACCUAGCACAUUUGGAUAGUUGAUCGUGGAAAACAUUUCUUUUCUAUUUUAGGUAUCUUUCUUUUUCUUAUUUCUACAAAUAAUUAGAUGAGAUUAUCUCUUACUCUUGGAUUGCUUUGCUGUUUUUCUCCUGUCAUCUAGUGUCUCCCCCCUCCCCCUCACAUUUAGAAAAGAACUUUUUCAGGGAUAACAGCCUUGAACUUGACCUUCAGCUCCAUUGACUUACAACUUCCUGAAGCAUGACGUUGAUGAGGACUCUGAUGCUCAGCUGAGGUUGGGAUCAGUUAGAAGAAAACUCCACAAGACAGAGUGAGGAUUUGGGAAGCCAGUUUACAGAAAUUUUCAUUAAGCAACAAGAAAAUGUCACCCUUCUGUUGUCUUUAUUGGAGGAGUUUGAUUUCCAUGUCCGUUGGCCUGGUGUCAAGCUUCUUACUUCUCUUUUAAAACAGCUGGGGCCUCAGGUGCAACAAAUUAUUUUAGUUAGUCCCAUGGGUGUUUCAAGAUUGAUGGACUUGUUAGCAGAUUCCAGGGAAGUUAUACGUAAUGAUGGUGUUCUGCUACUACAGGCACUAACAAGAAGCAAUGGAGCAAUCCAGAAAAUUGUUGCUUUUGAAAAUGCCUUUGAGAGACUGUUGGACAUUAUUACAGAGGAGGGGAACAGUGAUGGAGGAAUAGUAGUAGAAGAUUGUUUGAUUUUGCUCCAAAACUUGUUAAAAAACAACAAUUCCAAUCAAAAUUUUUUUAAAGAAGGCUCAUCUAUUCAGCGUAUGAAACCUUGGUUUGAAGUUGGAGAUGACAAUUCUGGCUGGUCUGCACAGAAAGUGACCAGUCUGCAUCUAAUGCUACAGGUUGUUCGUGUAUUGGUAUGUCCCAACAACCCUCCUGGUGCUACCAGCAGCUGCCAGAAAGCCAUGUUUCAGUGCGGGCUGCUGCAGCAGCUGUGCACCAUCCUGAUGGCUACCCGGGUGCCUGCGGAUAUCCUGACUGAGACCAUAAAUACUGUAUCAGAAGUUAUUCGCGGCUGCCAAGUAAACCAAGACUACUUUGCAUCAGUAAAUGCACCUUCAAACCCACCAAGACCAGCUAUUGUACUGCUGCUCAUGUCCAUGGUUAAUGAGAGGCAGCCAUUUGUCCUGCGCUGUGCUGUGCUCUACUGUUUCCAGUGUUUCUUAUAUAAAAACCAGAAGGGGCAAGGAGAAAUCGUGUCGACACUUCUGCCUUCCACCAUUGAUGCAACAGGUAAUUCAGUCUCAGCUGGUCAAUUACUGUGUGGAGGUUUGUUUUCUACUGAUUCACUUUCAAACUGGUGUGCUGCUGUGGCCCUCGCCCAUGCUUUGCAAGAAAAUGCUACCCAGAAAGAACAGUUGCUCAGGGUUCAACUUGCUACAAGUGUUGGCAACCCUCCAGUCUCUUUACUACAGCAGUGCACCAACAUCCUUUCACAGGGUGAUAAGAUCGACAGACGGGGAAGCAAAAUACAAACAAGGGUUGGAUUAUUAAUGUUGCUUUGUACCUGGCUGAGCAACUGUCCCAUUGCAGUGACGCAUUUUCUUCACAAUUCAGCCAGUGUUCCAUUUCUUACAGGACAGAUUGUAGAAAAUUUUGGAGAGGAAGAGCAGUUGGUCCAAGGCUUAUGUGCCCUUUUGUUGGGCAUUUCCAUUUACUUCAAUGAUAACUCACUUGAGAGCUGCAUGAAAGAGAAACUAAAACAACUAAUAGAGAAGAGGAUUGGCAAAGAGAAUUUCAUAGAGAAACUAGGAUUUAUUAGCAAGCAUGAGUUAUAUUCCAGAGCGUCUCAGAAACCCCAGCCAAACUUUCCCAGUCCAGAAUACAUGAUAUUUGAUCACGAGUUUACAAAGCUGGUAAAAGAACUUGAAGGUGUUAUAACUAAGGCUAUUUAUAAGUCCAGUGAAGAAGAUCAGAAAGAAGAAGAGGUGAAGAAGACUCUAGAGCAGCAUGACAACAUUGUGACUCACUACAAAAAUAUGAUUCGAGAGCAAGACCUGCAACUUGAGGAGUUAAGGCAACAAGUCUCUACCCUGAAAUGUCAGAAUGAGCAGCUCCAGACGGCAGUUACACAGCAGGCGGCGCAGAUUCAGCAGCACAGGGAUCAGUAUAAUCUGCUCAAAGUGCAGCUGGGAAAAGACAGUCAUCAUCAAAGUUCUUAUAGCGAUGGGGCUCAGAUGAAUGGCAUUCAGCCGGAAGAAAUUGGUAGGUUGCCAGAAGAGAUAGAAAAAUUAAAAAGUAAUCAAGAAGUUUUACAGAGUCAGCUGAUUGAAAAUUUGAAAUCUUCCCAAACAUUUGGCAUAAAUCAACAGUUUUCAGUACCUACUUCAGAUGGAGAUUGUGAACAAGUUGAAGAGUUGAAACUAGAACUGACAACAUUAAAGUCUCAGUUAAACUCACAGUCUAUGGAGAUCACCAAACUACAGGCAGAAAGGCAGGAGCUACUGCAGAAAACAGAAGCAUGUGCAAAAUCGGUUCCCGUACAAGGCGACAGUGAGACUGCAAUAGCAGCUCAAACUACUGACCUAGAAGGAAGACUGGCAGCAUUAUUAGAAGAAACGAAAGAAUUAAAGAAUGAAAUUAAAGCCCUGUCUGAGGAAAAAACUGCCAUUAAAGAACAGCUAGAUUCAUCUAACAGCACCAUUGCCAUCUUACAAAACGAGAAAGACAAAUUAGACUUAGAAAUUACAGAUUCCAGAAAAGAGCAAGAUGACCUCCUGGUUCUCUUGGCUGAACAAGAUCAGAAAAUAGUGUCACUGAAGAAAAGACUCAAGGAUCUUGGUUAUCCAAUUGUAGAAGAGGAUGAAGUUGAACCCGGAGACCAAGAAGAUGAGGAUGAUGAAAAUGAAGAGGCUGACAAGGACCAGGAUAGUAUCUAGCUUUAAAAUCUCCAGGAACGAUAGGGGUGAUGUUGUAACUUGGAGGAUGGAAUCUUAAGACAGUACUUUGGUUUGCCUCUGCAGAAAAUAAAGACUUAGACACAUUCACUAAUAAGACUAUUGAUAUACUUUUUCAAUGUUGCCACCCAUGUUAAAAACCCCAGAACUCUAACUUUAUGCAGAAUACAUACCUUUUAUUUAAAUUCAUAGGAACUGUCCCAAAAUACAAUUUGCAGAGAGCUUCAGACAUCAAAGGAUGCACCAUUUAAGGCGUGUGGUGGCAGUGCUAGUGGCUUUAGUUCACUUUACUUUUCAGAAUUGGUGACUUUAAGUACUAACAUACUUGAUUUAAUAUGUAUUGAAUUGGAAUCAUUGUUUCUAAAUUCAGCAUUUGAGUUUUUAGCUUAUGAUUUUCUUUUAAAGAAAUGAGUUCACCUAAAGACAAGAUCGCCUGGGCUGAGAGAUGAUGUGUAUCAUCAGCCCUGCAUCCAGUGUGACUGCGAAGAUGUGCGGAAUAGGACGGUUGAGAAUGAGUGCCUUGACACUGACGUGGCUGCAUUCUGUCCUCAGUGACGAGCAGGAUGCUGGUGCACACAGGUGAUGUGGACGAUGAGUCUGAGAAACUUUGGCAACAGUGUAUUAACAUGGUUGGUUUUCUCUUUAUUUUGAGCUAAACAUCUAGAACAUGUUGUAAGUUAACAGCUCAUGCAAUUCAGAUUUAGUAUUGUUGAUUAUCACAAAACAUAUUAUGUUCCUAGUUUUUAAAAGACCCAAAUUAUGAUUUAUAUAAUUUAUUGUCAUUUUUGCUGAAUAGGUUUAAGUCAGAUAAUAG